AUGCGGCCGCCGCUCUCCCGCUGCCACAACACCACCUCGGUGGAGAAGGGCAACUCGGCGACGAUGGGCGGGGUGCUCUUCAGCGCCGGCCUCCUGGGCAACCUGCUGGCCCUGGGGCUGCUGGCGCGCUCGGGGCUGGGGUCGUGCCCGCCGCGGCCGCCGCCCUCGGUCUUCUACGUGCUGGUGUGCGGCCUGACGGUCACAGACUUGCUGGGCAAAUCCCUCGUGAGCCCCUUCGUGCUGGCCGCCUACGCGCAGAACCGGAGCCUGUGGGGACUGGCGCCCGCGUCGGGCAGCUCGCUGUGCCAAGCCUUCGCCUUCUUCAUGUCCUUCUUUGGGCUCGCCUCGACGUUGCAGCUCCUGGCCAUGGCCCUGGAGUGCUGGCUGUCCUUGGGGCACCCCUUUUUCUACCGACGGCACAUCACCCUGCGCCGCGGCGCGCUCGUGGCGCCGGUCGUGGGCGCCUUCUGCCUGGCUUUCUGCGCGCUGCCCUUCGCGGGCUUCGGGAAGUUCGUGCAGUACUGCCCCGGCACCUGGUGCUUCAUCCAGAUGGUGCACGAGGAGCGCUCGUUGUUGGUGCUGGGCUACUCAGUGCUCUACGCCAGCCUCACGGCGCUGCUGGUCCUCGCCAUCGUGCUGUGCAACUUGAGCGCCAUGCGCAACCUCUACGUGAUGCACCGGCGGCUCCCGCGGCGCCAAGUCUCCGGCACUCGCGACGGCGCGGAGCCUGGCGCCGACGAGAGGGAGGCGGCCGCGCAGCCCCUGGAGGAGCUGGACCAUCUGCUGCUGCUGGCCCUCAUGACCGUGCUCUUCACUAUGUGCUCCCUGCCUUUAAUAUAUCGUGCUUACUAUGGAGCAUUUAAAACUGCCCAUGAGAAAGAUGCAACCUCUGAAGAAAUGGAAGACCUCCAAGCCUUGCGUUUUCUAUCUGUAAUCUCCAUUGUGGACCCUUGGAUUUUCAUAAUUUUCAGAACACCAGUAUUUCGGAAGGUUUUUCACAAGAUUUUCAUAAGGCCUCUUAUGUACAGAAAUUGGCCCAGCAAUUCCUGCCGAACUAACAUGGAGUCCAGUCUGUGA